AUGCCCCGCAUUAGCCGCCAUAGGAACUCGUCAAAGACAUACAGCACCCCAAAGAAGCCCUUCACGAAGCCUCGCUUGGACGCCGAACUCAAACUCUGCGGGGAGUACGGCCUCAAGUGCAAGCGCGAGAUCUAUCGCGCGAGGUACAUGCUUGCGAAGAUCCGCAGAACGGCUCGUAACCUCCUCACGCUUGACGAGAACGAUAUCAAGCGCAGGUUCGAGGGCGCUGCUCUUCUUCGUCGCCUGCACAUGCUCGGGAUCCUCGAUGAGGAAAAGGACCAGUUGGACUAUGUUCUCGGUUUGAGGAUUGAAGAUAUCUUUAAGCGCCGUCUUCAGUCAGUCAUCGUAGAGAGCAAGCUCGCAAAGUCCGUCCACCACGCGAGGAACAUGAUCAAGGCCCGCCACAUCAGCGUCGGGGGACAGAUAGUCAACAUACCGUCUUACAUGGUUCGCAUUUCUAACACGAGCCGCGUUGCGAUAGCUGACACGUCGAGCCUUGCACCAAACGGCAAGCCGGGCAGAACAAAGCGUGCAGCUGCAAGGAGGCAGAGUAGCGGGGAUAACGAGUAA